AUGAAGGAUCAUGGCCGAAAUAAGCAUUCAAUGAAACGGGUGGAUGACAACCAGUUAUUCCAGGCUGUACGGCUGCAGACAUGGUUUCGAGAUGGAAAGGAGCGAUAUUGGGUUGUGGAUGAGAGUAGACAGGCUGAAGGAAUGCAAGCGACGCAUCAAUUGAUACGCGACGUUGGAGAGCAGUCUAGCGAUGAUGUUAGUGAGGAAGAGCAAGCCAGCAACCAGGAAGGCGAUGCUGAGGACCAGAUCAUACGCGACAUCGAGCAGUGGAAGGAGGCAGCACAGGAGCGCAGGUUGACACUGCUAGCCAAGCCCGCGGCUGAUGAGCUAGACCCAUGGCUACGAUACACUGGGUGGAACGAGGUUCUUCAGGAGUCACAGGUUGAUAUUAUCCAGACGUACAAAUACGCGCGUGAGCCAGAGGAGAAGGAGACCAAAUUACAACGACUGUUACGUGCAUGGGAUCGGAUUCUUGAACGCUGUCUUGAUACGCUAGCAAAUAUGGACCACAAGGAUGUACUAAAGUGGUGGGCAUCACCAAAGAAUGAGGUUGCGAGCCAGCAUCCAUUCGAGCUUCACCAGAGCGUUCAGUCGGUUCAUAAGUGUAGUGCAGUAUGGCAGAGGUUCAUCUGUUACAUGAUGAGGACGGCGACAGUUGACUGGGAGGAUGAUACAGGUAUGUGGAUGGUUACUAUGGUGGUUACUAUGGAAGAGGCAAACCCAUCUGCGCAAAGCGCACGGCGUCAACGAGUGUGGAGGGUUGGGUGA